GGGCGGGGUGAGUGCGCAGGCGCGGGGACCCUGGAGACGGUUGCUAGGGAAGGCGGUUGGCAGACGCCGGGUAGUCAUGGAGGAUCCUCGGGAGCAGGAGGCCUCGGCUUAUCUGAGGGAACAUAAAGUCCUGGAGCUGCUGGAGAACCUGACCAGCAUGUUACUGUACCACAGGCCUGAUAACCCACGGGAGUUUUUGAUCACUGAACUGGAAAAUGUGAUGACAGUCAGAGACUUGUACUCUGAGCGCUAUCCCUGCUUAUUUGACGAUUCAAACUUGGUUGCUAUAUACGGCAUCCUUGACACCACAAAGCAAGGUUUUAUCACCCAGGCACAGUAUGUAGAAGCUUUCAAAACACUGGGGAUAACAGACUUUGAUGAGUCACCGAUAGGAACUGCUAAAAACCAGAUCACCCUUGAAACGUUCAAGAUUGAGGCGAAAUAUGGAUUAAAGAAGACGUAUGCUGACUUCAAAAAGACCACUCUAAGCUGGCCUUAGAGAUGUGCCACAGAACCAGAAUCUCUGCGACCAUAUUUACUCUAAAUCCAAGAACUAGCAUUUUACAACAUAUGUGUAUUCAAUAAAUAUUUCUGUUCAAUCAAA